AUGUCAAAGGCUUUUGAUAGGUCUAUGAAAAGCGAAGAUGCAUUACGCUCAUAUUUUAAACCUUUGGAAAAGGAGCUUGUAGAUACUGUUAACAAGAAAUACACCGAACUGCUUGAUCAGUAUAAAGAUGAUUUUUUGAUCAAGCUAGAUGGGAUCAUCGAUGGGGUCUCGUGUUAUGAACAGCGGUUGAGGGCACAAAAGUCCAAGAAAUUAUUAAGAGAUACUACAGAUUUCCAGAGAGGGAAUGUCUUCACUUGGCUGAAAAACUCUGGGUCUACUGAAUCCGGGAAUAUAGUUAAAAAUAUCCACAAUAUUAGAGAGACUGAUGCACAUACUACCAGUUCUACUGCUUCUCAUUCAGCAGUUGUACGUGACAUUGGUGUGAGAAGUGAUGAAAGAUUGGCUCUUAAUAAUACCCCUAAUAUUCCGGCUUCUUCUCCUUUAAACUACGUUGCUCAGAACCAAUCCUUAGAUGUGCGACCAAAGGUGCGCAAUGUGACUGGUCCAUUGGAUACCCUCCCUUUACCGCUACCCAUCCGUCAGAAGGAAAGGGGACGCUACCCAUGCUCGUUGAGUCGGGGAAGAAAACGGCAGUGUCUUAUGGGAGAUUCAAUUAUCAUUUUUCGAUAUCUGCUACUUCUUUCUGUGACUACAACUGUACUGGGCAGCUGCAAUGACACAGAGUGUGAAAUCUGCAUACCAUACUUUCCUGAGGGCAUGCUAGUGCACUGUACUAAUAAACAUCUAACGGGGCUUCCUGAGUUGCCGUAUAAUGUUUAUGAACUACAGCUCAGUCACAACAGCAUUAGUGUACUGAAAACUGGAAUGUUCAACAUAACUGAAUUAACACAAAGACUGACGCUGUUGUACCUGGACAACAAUAAAAUCACUGAAAUACAAUCAUCUGCCUUUCUGGGGGUUAACAAACUGAAACACCUUGAUUUAUCUCACAAUACAAACUUGAAGUCUCUAAACAGUGGUGCACUUUUAUGUUUGUCUAGUUUGCAGUACCUGGACCUUCAAAGUACAGGUUUGGUCAGUUUAGCUCAAGGUGUUUUCAAGUCUGUUCCAGUUAUGGAAAUCUUGCUAUUAUCUUUCAACAAUUUUUCAAACAUACCACCAAAUUCAUUUGAAGGUACCAGAGAACUUAAAACUUUAGAUUUUUCCAAUAAUAACAUUAAAACACUAGAGAAAAAUGCAUUUAAUGGUGUAGUGAUUCUCAUACACUUGAACUUGAGUUUUAAUCUCAUUACUAACAUUGAACGUUCGACAUUCCAGCCGCUGGUAAACCUCAGGAACCUGAAACUGACGUACAACAAAUUAGUAACUAUCAAUACUAAUGUGUUACAACCACUGCAACAACUUCAUCUUCUAGAACUGGAAGGAAACCAGUGGGAUUGUACUUGUUCAGCAUCGAAUUUCUACAGAUGGAUUCACUCAUUUCAUGGAAAUGUUACAGGACCCCUUUGUGCUACUCCUCAGUUUUUAAUCGGUAAAGGUGACCUGGGUCACCUGCCAUCUGAAUGUUACAUACACUGUCCCAAGCAUGAACCCAAGGAGAACUGCUGGCUACCACCAACAACUGCACCCCCUAUAAAUCUGAAUGAAGUCAUUCCAAGAUUAACAAAUCUUGCUUAUGUCUCCCUAGCAUUCAGUGUAAUAUCAGUAGCUUUUAUAGUGGCAACAUCAAUGGGGGUCUGA